UUCUGCUUACGAUUAGUUAUUCUGUAUAUCGGCUAUACGCUCAAUUGCCACCUUAUUGCAGGCAUCGGAAUAUCGGCGUUGCAUUCAAGAAUUCUCGGCUGGUUUAUAGUAAGCGCAGCAGCAUUAGUAUUGUCAGCUAGUAAUUAG